AUGCCUCCUCCAAUUUCUGCAGAUUAUCGACCGAAUCAUAUUCCCAUUCCCAAGUUUAGUGCUGACCAAAUUACAUCCAAUUUUAAUACUCCCCAGAAGCCUGAGCAAAUGGGAAGGGACAUUUUUGAUAUUAAUGAGCCUUUCCCUAUUCGCAGCACAGAUGCAGAAAAAACAUUACGCGAAAAAAUCAAUUAUCAUACUUGGGACGAAACAACCAAGAAGGUCGUUCACAGUAUUGUAUCCAUAAAAGGAUCUGCUUUGCGUUCCUUUGACACGGAAAGCGCUGGUGGUUUUUGUGCUACCGGAUUUGUUGUAAAUAAAAAACUCGGUUUAAUUCUCUCGAAUCGUCACGUUGUUUCUCCUGGUCCUAUCACUGCCCGUGCUUCCUUUAUUAACUAUGAAGAAAUUGACAUAUAUCCUCUUUACCGAGAUCCUGUCCAUGACUUUGGAUUCUUUCGCUAUGACCCUGCUUCCAUCCGCUUUCAUGUGGCCGAUGAAAUUCCCUUAGCUCCUGACCUUGCAAAAGUUGGUUUAGAUAUCCGCAUCAUUGGUAAUGAUGCAGGUGAAAAGUUAUCUAUUUUAAGUUCGACAUUAGCACGCUUGGACCGACCAGCUCCUAACUACGGAAUUGAUAACUAUAACGAUUUCAAUACAUUUUAUUACCAAGCUGCUAGUGGAACUAGUGGUGGAAGUUCAGGGAGUCCUGUCCUCGACAUAUCCGGCGCUGCGGUUGCUCUAAAUUCAGGUGGAUCCAAUAGUAGUGCAUCCUCCUUUUAUCUUCCAUUGAACCGUAUUGUUCGUGCCUUACGUUGCUUAGAAAAUGACCGUCCUAUUACCCGUGGUACUUUGCUAACUGAAUUUAUCCAUUGGUCCUACGACGAAUUAUCACGUAUUGGCCUCCCUAGUGAAUUCGAAAAUAACUGUCGUACUCGCAUUCCUGAAAGUAAUGGAUUGCUGGUAGUUUCAAAAGUCUUACGAGGUAGCGAAGCAGCUCGUGCUUUAGAACCCGGAGACGUUCUGAUUGCAUAUGAAGCGGAUGGCCAAGAUGCCGCCUAUAUCAUAGACUUCGUCUCUUUUUUUGAAAUUGUAGAUGAAAAAGUCGGAGAGCCUACUCGCUGGCGGAUUUAUCGCCCCAAGGUUGGUUACCUGGUAGUGGAAUUGCAUGUUCAAGAUUUGCAUAGUGUCACUCCUUCACGUUUCUUGGAAAUCGGAGGCGCCAUUCUCCAUGAUCUCUCAUAUCAACUCGCGCGUUCCUACCAAUUUCCUCUAAAUUCCGGAACAUAUGUAGCUGCUUCAGGAAUGCUAAAUUGGUCGUCAGGAAGCCGGGACUUUUUGGUAACGAAACUUGCAAAUAAACCGACCCCUAAUUUGGACGCGUUUAUACAGGUGGUCUUAAAUCUGCCAGAUAAUGCGCGUGUUCCUAUGCAUUUCAGAGUUCUAGGGAAAUACGAAGAAGAGUUUACAAUUAUUACAAUUGACAGACAUUUCUUCAUGUCUAGUAUUUUCCAAAGAAAUGACAAAGAAGGGACUUGGGAUCGUGAGGGUUUACCAGCUCCUUUAAUUGCCAAGUCGCGGAGGCCAAGUAUCAUUCCAAGACCAGCUGAAGGUGCUAAAAGUUUGGAGGCUAUUCAGAACUCUUUGGUUUUAAUCCAUUGUCGCAUGCCUCUAAGUAUCAAUGGUUUUAAUUCAUCUAAAGCCUACAGUGGCACAGGUGUCAUUGUAUCUGUUGUUCCUCCUCUAAUUGUUGUUGAUCGUACUGUUAUUCCUGUUGAGAUUUGCGACAUUCGAUUGACCUUCCAAUCAUCUAGUGCUAUGGGUCGUAUUGUGUAUCUUGAUGAUAGAAUCGCAUUAUUGUCGUGCGAUUAUUUACCAAGCAACAUAGUACAACUCGAAUUCGCCGCCGAUUUUAUGCGUACGGGUGAUGAAUGCACUUUAGCAGCUCUUGAUGAAGAUUUACAAUUGCUCACAAAGAACACAACUGUGCGAAGUGUUUCUGUAGUUGAGACGGAAAGGUCUUCUCCUCCCAAGUUCCGUUAUGUGAAUUGUGAGGUUAUGUCUUUGAUGGAAUCUUCGGCCUCAACGGGUGGUUUAAUUUUCCGUGACCGAGAAGAUAAACGUGAAAUUGUGGCUUUAUGGAUCUCCGUAAUCCAUCAAGAAGUUAGCGGAAAAGAGUAUACGAAUAAAUUUGGGCUUUCAAUGGCUUAUGUGCUUCCUGUGCUUGAGCGUCUACGACUGCCUCCCUCUCUUCGACCUCAGCCGGUGGUCAAAACCGCCGGAGUAGAAUUUUCCCACAUUAGUUUGGCUGGUGCAACUACAUUAGGAAUGUCUCAAAACCGCUCAUCUGAGUUUUACGUAAAAUCGAAAGAGAACGGUACGAUACCUCGCCCUCUAUACGUCGUUUCUCAUCUGAAGCCUCUCCCAGAAGAUUCCUCUUUAAGAGUCGGAGAUGUUUUAAUAAGCGUAAAUGGAAAAAUGAUAACUAGAGUUUCAGAUCUUCAUGAAUUCGAAGAGUCUUCAGAACUAGACGCAGUUAUACUUCGUGAUGGAAAGGAAGUAAACUUUAAGUUUCCUUUAUAUACGGAUACUCCUACGUUUAGUUCCGAGGUUGUCUCUUGGAAUGGAGCCGUCGUGCAUUCUACACACAGAAGUGUUUACGAACAAGUGGAGCCUGGUGUUGAACUCCCGGGUCCCGAUGGAGUCUAUGUCGGAAGUAUUCUGUAUGGAUCACCAGCACUGAAUAUGCUUCGAGCCGCACAUUGGAUUGUAGCUAUUGAUGGCAAGCCAAUAAACAACUUUUCCGACUUUAAAAGGAUUGUCAGUGAAAUCCCUUCGGAGCCUUACAUCCAAGUUAAACAAAUGAAUCGUCGAGGCGCAACACUAUUAGCUAGUAUCCGCCCUGAUACCCGUUUUUGGCCCACGUAUAUAAUUGAACGAAAUUCAGACGGUGACUGGACCACGAAUUUUCUAAACGAUAAAACUGUAUCAUAA